AUGCCUUCUGCCGAAACCUCUAUCAUGGAAGUGCCUCGUACUUCGUACUACCAGCACAUUGUCGUUGAGGGCACGCCCUAUGAGAGAGGACUUUCGCAUGGAAGACAGGUGGCUGAUAAGGUCCGCGCCAAUAUCGAGUCAAUCUCCUCCAAGAUCAUCGAAACCGUCUACCUCCCAGCCUUUGAGAAGUUCUACCCCACCGGUCUCGAAGAGAUUAGAGGAAUCGCAGAUGGAGCAGGCGUAACGAUCGAAGAGGUCAUUAUGCUCAAUGCCCGAUACGAUCUUGGCAGGUGCAUGUAUCGCCUGCAAGACGGCGGCAAGACUCCCCAAGAGCUGAGCGGGCAUGAUGAAUGCACGAGCGGAUUCUUCCCUCCCGAAGCGGUAGCAUCUGGUCGUGCUCUGGCCGUGCAUAACUGGGACAUGUCUAGCCAUCUUUAUAACCAGGACCUGAUCAUCUAUCUCGAAGUACACCCAGACCCGUCUGAGGACCGCCCUUCUAUGUUUGUCCUCACUGAGGCUGGCCAGUUGAUCCGCAGUGGGAUGAACUCGGCCGGUAUGUCAGUUACUGCGAACUCCUUGCUCUCAAGCGAAGACUACGUGCCCAUAUCCCACGUCGACCAAGACGGGGUCUACCACGAGUUCAAGAACCCGAAGCCUGUUCUCCCGCUCUCAGUAGCAAGACGCGUUUUCCUCGAGUACAGCAACUACGCUGAGGGUUUGGUGGCUAUUAACGCCUUCCCCCGCCACGUCUCAGGAAACCUACACGUCUCGACAGCCGAAGGGUUCGCAAUGGCCAUGGAGGUCUCCCCAAGCCGCGUGUGCAAGUUCUACGGAAACAUUGAUGAUAACUACCUCAUACACAGCAAUCACUUCCUUAGUCCAGAGUUUCUGAGUCGUGAUGGUGUUUUUGAUCGAUCCCCCGGUGGUAGCACCUGGUUCAGAUGCUUACGGGCGGAGAAGGGAGUAAGAGCUGACUGCGCGGCGGGGAGGUUGACGCCGGAAAAGAUCAAGACGGCUUUUUCAGACCAUCUUGCGUAUCCCGAAAGCUUGUGCAAUCAUCCAAAUCUGAACCAGAGGAAUACGCCUAGUGCUGUGUUGACUGGGUAUACGUCUAAACAGAACAUGACAGUUGCUUUCGUCAUCUAUGAUCUGGUGGAACGGGUCGUUACAGUGUGCAAAGGGCCCCCUUGCGAAGGUGUGUUACAGAAUUUCAAGUUGGAGGAGAGUCGAUUGUUGAAGCAUUGA